ACAGAGACUUUUGGCCACUUCUGUGUAACCUGGAUGCUGUAGGGGGGAGACUAUAGAAAUAUUUACAUCCCCCCUCAAAAAGAGCAAAAAAAGAAAUUACAAAAAGGUCUUGCUCAUAUUUUAUCAAUAUAGAAGGAGCGUUUUUUUUCCUCCUUGUAAAUAUGACUGACGUUGCCAAAGUUGGUGGCUUUUUGUAACUUUUUGGAAAAAAAAUGAAUGAAACUGACAGAAGUUGAUGGAGAAGAAUAUUUAUCCUUUUUUCAUAGUCUACUUUAUAUUUAUACUUUUUUAUAUGAAUGAUGCCAAAGUUGACUGACAUGAUGUUUGUACACCAAAGAUGCAUGUGCUCCACAGUUAGUGACUGCAGGCAGAGCGUUAAAAGUUAGAGAAGACGAGCGGUUCACUUUUACGCAUCCAGCUGAGCGCACUUAAAGGAACGUGCAAGAUUCUUAUUUUUUACAUUUUUACUAUUUUUUUUGAUGAGGAUCAUUUUGAGCGGAUUCAUGAGAGUCACAACUUCUCAAACUUUGUCGCUACUUUCUCUCCCUGUGGAUCGGCACCGCAGCCACCGGAGUUGACCGCAUCCUUCAUCCAAGGACGAGCGAGAGGACAGCAGCUGCUUCAAGAUGAAGUGUCAAAGAGUCCUCACCUACCUGAGGAUAUUUGGGACCACCAUGUUUGGCGUAUCCCUCCUGGUGGGCAUCUCCACUGCCUACAUCAUGGGCUACCAGUUCUUCACCACAGCCCACAACCACCUAUCCUUCGGCCUGUACGGUGCCAUCUUGGUCGUCCACCUCAUCAUCCAGAGCCUCUUUGCACUCUUAGAACACCGGAACAUGCGGCGUUCCCUAGAGACCCCAAUUAAACUGAACAAAUCCUUGGCGCUGUGCAUUGCAGCGUAUCAAGAGGACCCAAACUACCUGAGAAAAUGCCUGGUGUCGGUGAAGAGGCUCACGUACCCAGGGAUCAAAGUGAUCAUGGUAAUCGACGGGAACGCAGACGAUGACUUGUACAUGAUGGAGAUUUUUAAAGAGGUCAUGGGAUGGGACAAAUCGGCCACGUAUGUGUGGCGGAAUAAUUAUCACAGCAGGGGUCCUGAGGAGACGGAUGAGAGCUUCGCUGAGAGCCUUCAGCAAGUGUCCAGGCUCGUGCUGAACAACAAGUGCGUGUGUAUCAUGCAGAAGUGGGGAGGAAAGAGAGAGGUCAUGUAUACGGCCUUCAAAGCACUGGGGAGGAGCGUGGACUAUGUGCAGGUGUGUGACUCUGACACCAUGCUGGACCCAGCUUCCUCAGUGGAGAUGGUGAAGGUUUUAGAGGAAGACCCGAUGGUGGGCGGCGUUGGAGGAGAUGUACAGAUCUUAAAUAAGUAUGAAUCAUGGAUCUCCUUCCUGAGCAGUGUGCGAUACUGGAUGGCCUUCAACAUUGAGCGAGCCUGCCAGUCCUACUUCGGCUGUGUUCAGUGCAUCAGCGGGCCUUUAGGAAUGUACCGAAACUCCCUCCUGCACGAGUUUGUUGAGGACUGGUACAAUCAGACCUUCAUGGGAUCCCACUGCAGUUUUGGGGAUGACCGUCAUCUCACAAACAGAGUUCUCAGCCUCGGGUACGCAACCAAAUACACUGCACGAUCAAAGUGCCUCACUGAGACACCGAUUACAUAUUUGCGGUGGCUCAACCAACAGACACGGUGGAGUAAGUCGUAUUUCAGAGAAUGGCUCUACAACUCCAUGUGGUUCCACAAGCACCAUCUAUGGAUGACUUACGAGGCUGUGAUCACCGGCUUCUUCCCGUUUUUCCUCAUUGCCACUGCAAUCCAACUCUUCUACCAAGGAAGGCUCUGGAAUAUUUUGUUGUUUCUCCUCAUUGUGCAAGCAGUGGCGCUGAUAAAGUCGUCAUUCGCCAGCUGCCUCAGAGGUAACAUCGUCAUGGUGUUUAUGUCGUUCUAUUCUGUACUGUAUAUGUCAAGCCUGUUGCCAGCCAAAAUGUUUGCAAUAGCGACAAUCAACAAGUCUGGAUGGGGGACCUCUGGGAGGAAAACAAUAGUGGUGAACUUCAUCGGACUGAUUCCAAUAUCAGUUUGGUUCACCAUCCUCUUCAUUGGGAUUCUAUACACCAUAGUACUUCAGACUAGAAAACCCUUCCCCGAAUCAGAGAAGAUUGUUCUGAUCGUAGGAGCAGUCGUCUACGCCAGUUACUGGGUCAUAUUGUUGACGUUGUAUGCAGUGCUCAUAAACAAAUGUGGGAAGAGGAAGAAGGAAACACACUAUGAUAUGGUGCUGGAUGUAUGACUUACAGACUACAGUCAUCAUUUACCACUGAACUCUCUUGGGUUGUUUUCACUCACACCCUGUUGUUGUUAAGCAAAUGUUUUACAGAUGCUGAGCAGCUCUGGAGGCAAAAUUGGUUGAGUUCAAUCAAAAUGGGCAAAGAACCAGUUUUUUUUUGUUUUCAAACUUGAAUGGUAAAAACAUAUAAAUGGCAUAAUCUAACCAUAAUCUGUCUAGCUGAAGAUCGACGAAUGUGGCAAACGGGCUAACUCGGAAUGGCGAGACUACGUAUAUUGCAGUUGGCAGCAAGAGUGCUAGGCUUCUUAAUAUUAGCUACCUCUUACCCUUGUCAUUUUCACUGGGCUUCAGUCUAACAUUAGCAACUUAGCCAGAGAAACUGUGGAUUUUUAGCUUCCCCCAUUGGGGUUUAACUUGACCAGUAAGAAUAUUUUACCUCCAGAGCAUCAUUGUGCCUCCAAGUAAUGUACGCACACCCCAACUAAAAAG